GAUGGGACGCCGAAACACCGUGAUCCUCUCUCUGAUGGCCUCGAUCCUGUUCGGGACGCUGGUGGCUCUCUCCCUCAACCUGCCCAUGUUCAUUUUCUGCCGGUUUGUCCAGGGCUCUGCGAUCUCCGGCCUCCUGCUCAGCCUCUAUCUCAUCCGGUUGGAGCUGUGCGACCCCCCCCAUCGCCUGGUCGUCGCCAUGGUGACGGGUUUCCUGGUGGUUGGGGGGCAGUUCCUGCUCCUGGGGCUGGCCCUCGCUUCCCGAAAGUGGCGCCUCCUGCAGGCGGUUAUCACCGCUCCCCUCGGCUUCUUCCUGGUUUACUGUCACAUCCUGCGCCUCCCGGGGAGCUGGAUAGACCUUGACGCCAUGAGCCCUCUGAACACAGACCACAGCCAACAGUCCAUCUGUAACGGGCUGUGGAGCAGAAACAUCUGGAAGAAUAUCUUUAUUCUGGGAUUCACCACGUUCAUCGGGCACGGAAUUAGACACUGCUACAGGAUAGACCAGGGGAAAAAGUCCGAGUUCUAUCUCACCUACCUGCUAACGGCUGGCACAGGGGCGUUGGCGAUCCUGGCACUCUGUCUCACCGUUGACAGAUUUGGUCGGAGGGGCAUCCUCCUCCUGGCCAUGACACUGACCGGGCUGGCAUCCCUCAUCCUGCUGGGACUCACCGAGUAUUUAAACAACGCUGCAGUGAUGACCUUUUCAAUCCUGGGCCUAUUCUCCUCCCACGCUGUGGCCACCCUCAGUGUGUUCUUCUCUGCUGAAGUCAUUCCCACCGUCAUCAGGGGCGAGGGGCUCGGCCUGAUCACAGCCCUGGCCUCCGUGGGACAGCUUAGUUCUCCUGUGAGCGAGCUCCAUAACCAACACGGCUACUUCCUGCACCAUGUGGUCUAUGCCUCUCUGGCCGUGCUGUGUACCCUCUGCAUCAUGCUGCUGCCGGAGAGUAAACGCAAGCCCCUGCCCGAGACCAUGCGAGACGGUGAGCUGUAUCGCCGCCCGUCUCUCCUGAGUCACCGCCGUGACCAUGUCCCCCUCCUCACUGCCCCCAACACCCCCAUCUGACUGCAGGCUGCAGGCCUCGGGGAGGGGAAACGCCCUCCUUCCACCCGCAUUCGCCCUCCCCUCAC